GGUACAAGGUUAUCCAAAAUGGACGAUCGUUCGCGGCUUUCUUCGAAAAGGAGUCUUUACAUGGAUUUGAUGCCUUUAUGGUCUUUCUAGUUAAUGAUUUAUUUGUGUAUAAAACGAGUUCAUCUCAGAAGGCUAUCAUAAUGAACAGUCUUGGGUCAAGUAGUGGAAAAAUAACGCCACUGCAGCAAAUGUUAGCUUCAGGAUCAGGAGCCUUGAUAACCAGUUUGUUAGUGACUCCUCUAGAUGUGGUUAAAACAAGACUACAGGCCCAGCUCAAACCUAUUCCAAAAUCUCCAUGUUAUUUGUUCUGCAAUGGCCUCAUGGAUCAUCUAUGUUUGUGUGCCAACCUUGGCUCUCCAUUCAGACCAUUUCCUCAUACUCCUCAUCCUCCUUUUAAUUCAACUUUGGAUGCUCUAAUCAAAAUACCUCGCUAUGAAGGUCUGUCAGCACUCUGGAGGGGCCUACCACCAACUCUUGUAAUGGCAAUUCCAAACACAAUGAUUUAUUUUACACUUUAUGAUCAACUCAAAGUGAUGUAUGGCUUUGAAGAAGCACGGAAAAAUGUUUGGUCACCAAUGUUUGCUGGAAUAACUGCUCGAACUAUUUCUAUAACCUGCAUCUCACCAAUAGAAAUGAUCAGAACCAAAAUGCAGGCAAAGAAACAUUUCAGUUAUAAAGAUCUUAUCAGUGUAAUCAAGAAUGCCAUUCAGCAAGGUGGAGUGUUAUCUCUCUGGCAAGGACUGGGGCCUACAUUAUUGAGGGAUGUACCAUUUUCAGCUGUCUACUGGACAGGGUAUGAGCUUCUGAGGGCUAGGUUUGCUGAGCCAGGUUUCAUGGCUAGUUUUUCCUCUGGAGUAUUGUCUGGAGCCUUUGCAGCAUUGAUCACAACUCCAUUUGAUGUGGUAAAGACACAUAGGCAGAUGGAGCUUGGAGAACUUGUCUUUAAAGAUGCAAGUGCUGUCAAGAAGUUGCCUUUCACAUUCUCUUUGAUGUUUCAACUGUACAGAGAAAGUGGAUGGAGGAGUCUCUUUGCAGGUGUGUCAGCAAGAGUCAUGAAAGUUGCUCCAGCAUGUGCAGUCAUGAUCAGUACUUAUGAAUAUUCCAAGUCUUUUUUCCGUCAUUACAACAUGGAGAAGGUGGCAUCAGUUACCGUGUCUGACACAGUUUGAUUCAAGUCGUUCAUGUGACAUCAAAACAUUAUGUGCGACCUAAUAAAAGACUGAUAAUGAUGCAUGGCUCACAAACACUACAUGGGUCAGCGCUAGCACAGUACUGGAGUCAGUUGGUAUUACUUACUGACAAUUGAUCACAAGCUUUACACUAUGGACAUGGGAUACAUGUUACCUGGACGGACAUGGAGGAGAUUAACUGGAACAAUCCACAAGAUUUUUUAACACCCAGCAGUAAUCGAUCACCCUCCUUGAGAAAGAUAAUGGCCAAACAAGAACAAAUGAACCGUACAAAAUAGGUAGUGUAAGGUCUGGGAUGUGAUACAACUGUAGCUGCAGUGAAACGUUUCUACCGGGGGAAGAAUCUGUUAAAUGGUGAACUGUGAACAUCUGGCUAUCAAGUUGAUGUUUAGUUCACUUCUUUCAAAAGAAAUUAAAGUAAAUUGUUCAGGAGUGCAUGACAGUAUCGAAUGCUAUAGUAUUGAAAUGUAGUUUGAUCGUGACUAACAAUAUGAACUUUGCCACCUUUUUGUUCUUACCACAUUUUGACGUCAUCUGUGAUGUAUUACUGAAUGUACUGUAAAUAUACUGUAAAAUAAUAUUUGAAUAGGUAUAGUUUAUUUUUAGCAACAGAAGAAAUGGUUGGUUUGUUUAUAUAUCGGAGGCAUUAAAUACGCCUUUGGUUGCAUUUGGAAGAAA